AUGUCCCAUCGCGCCGAUGUCGCAUCUGGCCGACUUCACUUAUACGUCGGCGUCGAUUUUGGUACCACCUUUACAGGAGUAUCUUGGAUGGCACCUGCAUUAGACGAGAGGCGCAUCACUCUGGUCAGUGACUGGCCCGGAGGAAGCGCCGACAAAGUCCCUACCAUCUUGGCCAAGGAGGCGACUGAGAACGAUAGAAUGUGGGGGUUCCUUUGUAACCAUCUUGACGAGAGCAGCAAGUGGAGGUUCCUCAAGCUGUCCUUGGACCGCGAACCCGGCCAGCUCAAGGGCACCCCUUGGGCACCCAACAGCACACCCGAGGCUUAUGCUCUGGUGGAGGACUAUCUUGGCCAGGUCUACCGACACAUCAGGCGGAGCAUCCCGAGCGAGAUUCCGAAUGCGGCCCCCGGGCUCCAGGGAUGGGACAGCUGGGAAAUCGACUUCGUCUUUAGUGUCCCGGGAACAUGGAGUCCGCUUGUCGUCCACCGCUUCUUGGAGACGGCUCGUAGAGCUGGAUUCGGUGGACAAGCUCACCAUAAAGUGGUGCCGGGGUUGACAGAGUCCGUGGCAGCCGUGGUUGCGACGAGCGAGAUGAAUAUCGACCUGGACGAAGGCCGGACCGUCUUAUCCAUCGACGCCGGCGGCGGUACUACCGACUUUGCCUUUGUCACGUUUCAAUCCAUGAAACCAAUCAUUAUGAAGCAAGUAUUGCCCGCCACGGCCAUUGGCGUAGGCUCUGUCAUGAUCGACCUGACCUUUAAAAAUCUGGUCGAGGCUCGCCUGGAGGACUACACCAAGUCCCCGGACCUUUCGAGGGCAUGUGCCGCGGAAAUGUCGCAAGGUAACGAAUUCCAACGUUGGAAAUGCGCAUACGCUGCGGGACAAAAUACGAUGGGCCACAUGUUUCGCGCAACGCCCAUCUCCAACGCGUUCGGCAACCUGCCGAUUCCGGUGGCGAAUGAAUUGGCGAGUUUCAAGAGAGAGGAGUUGGACCAGAUGUUUGACCGUCAAAUACAGGACAUCCAGAGCCAUUUUGUGUCGGCAGUCGACGAAUUCGAAAGGGUCGGGGGGACGCGCGUCAGACACGUCGUUCUAUCCGGCGGUCUGGGGGCCUCUGACUACGUGCUGGAAAAACUACAAGAGUUUCUCGAGUGGCUGAGGAAUACAAGACCAUGUCUCGGCGAAGCUGAGCUCGUGAGAUAUAGCUAUCCCCCCAUCGCCGUGGUCAGAGGUCUCCUCAUCGACCGAAAAAAUGGCAUUCUGGGGCCCAGAAUCGCACGGGCUAGUUACGGAGUCGUUUCGGAGCAGGUCGAUUCCAACCACCGCCAACGUGGCGACGACUCGCAGGGGCAGAUUACGUGGGUGAUCAAGCAGGGCGAUACGAUCCAGCGCCAUCACAGAGUCACUCACCGAAUCGCGAGAACCUUUCGCAAAGGCGAUGCAGAAGACUGGACCGUGGGCAUUGUUUGCUCCUCACGCAGUCCAAGAUACCUCCCCAACAAGAUGCAACAGUCGGGUGUGCAAGAGCUCCAUCAGGUUUCUAUUCCCCUCAACGGUCCGCCGGCCGAGGUGAAGAGCAGGUUUCCCCUACUCCCUCGGUACCAGAGGUACGAGUGCGAGCUGCAACUUGUCGUCGGGGACUCUGGCCAAUGCCUCGUUCGCGUCGUCUCCAGCCGCGGCGUUUCCCUAGAAACGACUCAGGCAAGGCAUUUGAUGGCCCGUCACACACGGCCAUGGCGCUGA